AUGAGGGGAAGAGCACAGAAGCAGAAAGGUCAGGAGAGAGUUCGAUGGUCACCGAAUGAAAACAAGAGACUUGCUGAAUAUAUGGAGAGACAUGGUGAGACUAGCUCCUGGAAAAAUGUCCCAACGCGUGCAGGGCUGAGCAGGAGUCCGAAGAGUUGUAGGCUAAGGUGGAACAGCAAACUGAAGCCUGGUAUCAACCAAAAGCCCUUCUCUGAAGAGGAAGAAGCCACCAUUAUCGAACUAAAAGCAGCAUGGUGGGCAACUAUUGCAAAGCACCUGCCAGGGAGAACGGAUACUGGGAUCAAGAAUUUGUGGAAUAACCAUCUGAAGAAGAAGCUUUCAAAAAAGGAGACUCCGAGCCUUGUCACUCAGACACCAUGGCACCAGCUUCUUGACACUGCUGAUUUGUUGACUUGUGCUUUGAAUGAUCCCAGGGAUGAAGUCCGCAAGUUGCACUCAGAUGCCAGCUUUGCAUGGAAUCCUCGGCAUGGACAUGGCUUCCAUCCAACAGAUGAGGAGCUUCUCACUUCCCCUUCUCCUCUUCCUCCUCAAACACCCAGUUUCAAUUACCAGCAGACUAUGGAGGACCCACAAGUUUCUACCAGGAACCCAGAUGGGAUCGGUUCUAGGCCUGCGAGUAUUCCAAAUGCAAGUUCCAUUCCUGCGCCGGUUUCAGCCUCACUGGAGCCCUCCAAGGCCGAUCAAGUAGUGGAGAUUGUUGAGGUCACCCCAGCUGACCAAGAAAUCGCCAACCGUUAUUCCAGUACUUCAACCACCUUUGAAGCCUGGAUCACAGACCUCCUUAAGGAUAAUGAGAAUAGUGACGAUUUAGGUUCAGAAGACAUUCCACUCGCUAGUAUAUUCCGUCCAGAAGACAUUUCAGUCGAUAGUAUAUUUAAUUAG